UUUAUUUCUAAUGCAAAUGAUCAACUAUGAAUUCGAAAUAAAAGUUAUGUCUUUUUGAAUUAAUAGUUAUAUUAUUUUGAGUAAAAGUUUUGCCUUGAUAGUGAAUCUUAAUGUGUAAACAAUAAUCUUCAGUUUUGAGUUAAGAGGUUAUUCAAUAUUAAAAUAUUGCACUCAUUCUUUUACAAGUUAUUGUUAGCUCUUGAUUACAUUAUUGAUCAUUCUCUUCUUUUUUAUUUUUUCGUGAUGUUAAAUGCUCUUUUUGGUGUCUAGUAUAAUAUAUUAUCAAGGCUAUUAGCUCAAAUGGUAGAGCAAUGUGCAAAUAUGCACAAAGAUGCAGGUUCAAGUCCUGCAUAGCCUGUAUAUGGUUGCAGUUGCUACUUUUUUUCCUUGUUUAUUCCUUCCUUUUCUUUUUCUCACAGUAUCUGCUUGUGUUUUUCGCUUAUCCUGCAUCCUCAAACUUCUUUUUCUCACAUAUAUCUGAUAAUCUUGCCCAUGUGCUUGAUAAUUUUAAUGUUGUCCCUAUGCUUGAGAAUUUCCCUGCUGCCCCUAUGCUUGUAAAUGCAAUCGUGCCCUGUCUGGCAGUACCAGAACCCCCCCUCUAAAGAUGUUAGCUUCCUUGAUGCUCAACCAGUUUUUUGUUCCAAUGUUACUGGAAAUUUUUCUGUUCAGUCCCCAAUAACAGCCCCUUCCAAUGAUAUUGAAUUUGCUGACAGCGAUUUUGCUAUACCAAAUGUUGGUGCCUCGGCUGGUGUCCUCACUGCCCAUAUUUUCCCUGUUUUUAUGCUCAGGAAGCCUUUGUACCAGUUAAUGAUGACCAGGCAGCCUCUCUUACAUCUCUUGGUGCUUCAUGUGCCCCUGCAAUUGAGGCUGCUCCUUGUGUUGCGUCUGUUUUGGCUAAUGUUGGUGCGGUUCCAGAUCCUUGUGCAAGCUCCUUGAGACCUAAUAAUGAAGUUGGUGCCUUCUUUGGUUCCCUCAC